AAUGUCCAAGGAACUGGACUCGAUACAACGACACGUUACGUUAUGUCCCGGAUCGAAUGUCCCGGAUCAGACAAUGAUCGAUCAACUGCCAUUCAAAUGUGAAAAUGAAUUAAAGAAUGAGACAUCUCUAAGAAAAAUCCUAAGAAAUUGUAACAAAUUGGUUAUUAAUAAACCAGAGACGGAUUAUCAAUCAUAUUUGCUCGAAAGAUGUUGACAGUGAUUCAUUGUCGUUCGUGAAAACGACGAAGCACGAUCCAACUGGAAGAACGCAGAACGAUUUGUGCAUAAAUUCAGUGGAACAGGUAUUGGUUGCGAUCCGAGAUCCAGCGACCAACGAGAUCAAAAAUAUACUGAUGCCGAUUGAAACGAGAGAUGCCUCUGGAUUGAACGUAAUUAAAAGCGUCCUUGUACCGAUUCGUGACUCGAACGGUGUUACAUCGUACGAUAUUAAAAAAGUAGUGGUGCCUAUCAGACAGACGAAGUUAAAUUUGUGCCAGCCGCCGAAACUCGAAAACAAAUUGAUGGUCGAUACAAGUACAGGUGAACCUGUGAAAAACGAGGGAAAAGAAGACGAACGAAUAAUAUCAAACGAGAAUGAAACGAGAAGAAUAAAUGAGCAAAUAACGUUAGACGCCCGACUUCAUCCUUCAUCGGAAGAAGCAAGGAAAAAUUUAACGAAAGAUGAGAAAAAGGAGGGUCAGACAGAAUCGAGAAAAAUAGUAUGUAUCCGAGAAAGCCAGAAAGAAGAAACGGAUCAGAUAUUAGAAACUCUGAAGAACGUUUGCCCUGUAUGUCAAAAAGUGUUCAAGAGCGAGGACAUGAUGCAAAGGCACUUGCGCAAGUUUCACGAGAAGACGUAUCCUUGCGACAAGUGUAGCAAGUGUUAUCCAUCAAAAUUAUCUCUGGAGGAGCACAAGAAGUCGCACGAGGAUGACUCUUACUUGCAGUGCUCCAUGUGUCACUUAAAGUACAAACGUAAGAUAGGGCUGAAGUAUCACGAGAUCCGCGUGCACAGCGACGUGGAUCCAAAAUUCAUGUGCGAUUAUUGCGGGAAACGGUUCAAAUUGAAACUGGACCUGGGCGUCCAUAUCGAGAAGAUACACAUGGGGAUCGCCCAUAUCUGUAAAAUAUGCGGCAAGGUGGUGAAGAAUAUCACGCAUCACGAGUGGCAGCACGACAGGGUGGCCAAGAAAGUCGUUUACAAAUACAGUUGCGAUCUUUGUCCAAAGAAAUUCACGACUCGCAACAAUUUGGACAAUCAUUUGCUCAUGCACAAAGACGGGUUCAAGUGUACCCUUUGCGACGAAGUUUUCUCCUCGCCAUUCGCGCUUGGCAGCCACAAGAGCACGAGGCACAGGCCUGGCGCCACGUGCCCCAUUUGCGAGAAAGCUUUCAACAGCACGAGCAAUUUUUAUCAACACGUGCUCACCCACGCUGGGGUCAGACCGUAUAAAUGCGACAUCUGCGGCGAAGAUUUCACGCAAAGAUCCAGUGUUCUGAGACACCGAAAGACUCAUCCUGGACCUCUUCCUCCUUUGACGGAUCCAACUCCUAUUGCGGAUACCGCUAGGAAGAUAUUGGAACAACUUUCGAGUGCUUGAACGUAUUUAUGUAACUAUGCUGUAUGAAGAUACGAAGAGAAAUGGAUGCAUUUUGAAAAUACACGGUGAUUGAUAUUGUGGCACAAAGUUUGGAAGAAGAUGUAUGAUCUUUGUUGCAUAUGGUAAUUGAACACCAACCAACGUAUGCGUCGUCGUUACGUUAGUAGUAGAUUGAUUUAUCGUUUCAUUCGUUAAUGAAAUUCAACAUUUGUGAAAUAUUCUAUUCUUGAGACUGAUUUUGAUUUCUUUUUUUUUAUAUACAGAGAAUUUUAUUUUAAAUUUGAUAAAGAAUAGAUAUUUGAAGAUAUAACUUAUAUAUAAAAGUUAUAAGUUAUGUAUAUUAUAUCGUUUACAUAUUGAAGAAACGUAUUAACGUUCCUUUGUUAAUCUAAUACUUUAUUAAAUAUUAACAUUUUAUUUAGUAGUAUUUUAAUUGAAUACUUAUUUUGUAAUAAAUGUAUAUAGAAAAUUAUAAAAA